AUGAGUUUCUUCAACCAUCAAAUACCGAGUUUCUUGGCACAUCUGCCCGAGGAUACGGACGAUACAAGCGACACCGAGGACGACAGCGGUAUCGCAGAUGAAACCGAAACUGAAACCGAGAGCGACCCCUCGUCACUCCCAAUGUCAGUGGAUUCCCUCGGGCCGCAGAUUGCACAUUUCCCGGACCUGAAAAUCACCGAUCCGGUCAGCGUGCAGAACGAAGCGUUGAACAACUUUUUUUACUACUGGGCGCUGCUGGUUUGUGAAAUUGUCACCGCUGGAUUCCAACAAGGCGUUCCUAGGCCGCCAUGGCAUCAAGGCAAUUUCUACCCAGGUAUCAAUAUAGACAAUUUGUACACUGUAAACCGACAACGACAGACGUUGGCCACUGUUUUGGGUUCCCAAGCGAUCGCCGAUGAUCUAGUUAGGGACGUUGCAUCUGGAAUUUUCAUGGCACGUGGACACAUCGCAGCAAGAACAGAUUUUAUCUACGGUACUCAACAGAAUGCCACUUUUUGGUUCUUGUGUGUUGCCCCUCAAUGGCAGAACUUCAACGAUGGAAAUUGGCUGCGUAUAGAGAUCAGUGCUCGUAAUUUCGUGGCCGCUCGAAAUAUCCAUGUCACCGUAUAUGGAGGAACAUACGGAGCACACACACAAACUGAUGCCAAUGGAGAUCAGCAACCGAUUUUCCUGGACUUCAACCCUAAUGGAACUCGACGUCUACCGGCACCAAAGAUCUACUAUAAAAUUUUGCACGAUGAGCGAAACAAUGCGGGCAUUGUGCUGAUCGGGGUGAAUGACAUCCAUAUUACUUCGAUGCAACGGAUUCAGGAUGAAUACAUGUUCUGUGAGGACAUCGGAGACAAGGUUAGCUGGAUUAAUUGGGACAGAAAGAAUCUUGCGGAAGGAUUCUCUUACGCGUGUGAAGUGAAUGCCUUCUUGAAGAGAAUCGGGCAUCUGUCACAUUUGGAUAUUCCGAAUUUGUUGAUUUGAACCUUAGUCCGGGCACAGACAUCCCCUGUAGUGUUACAAUAACAGCUUCAACAGAAUUAUUGUUUUGUAAAAAAAAAUGAUUUGAUUAAAAAAAUAUACCUUUUAUUAUAACUGCAACGAAAUAAUAAAUUUUACAAACUAUCCCAAAACGUCU